CUCAAGGACUUCGUAUUUGACUUGCUCCUCGAUCCACAUCUGCAAAGCUUGAUUCGACGUCGGCAAUUCAUUCGCCCAACUACAUCCAACCCACAGCUUGAAACCCGAAAGCAGUUAGCCAUGCACUUCAAAGCCCUUCUCCUCUCCGCUCCUGUCGUCCUCGCGAAUGUUUACACCAUCGAUGUCGGCGAGUCCCCUCUUACCUUCUCUCCCAAGACCAUCAGCGCAAAGGUCGGCGAUACGGUGAUCUUCCACCUGUACAGCUCGCAUGAUGUAGCCCAGGGCAGUUUCGAUAAGCCGUGUCAGCCGUUGAGUGGAGGAUUUUACUCCGGUCCGUUCAGUGGUACGGAUAACGGUAACAAGAAAUUCGUCAUGAAUGUUACAAGCACAGACCCCAUCUACUUUUACUGUGCUGUGCAGAAACAUUGUCCGAAUGGAAUGGUUGGAGGGAUUAAUAUCCCGUCCGGCGAUAAGUCCAUCGAAGCGUAUGCUUCCGCUGCCAAGGCUGCUACACCAUCUGCACCAGCCAGCUUGAGCGGUGGAAAGUUGGAGACAGAUCAGGAACUCGCUGCUUUGACGGCGUCGGCGAGCGCAACUGCUAGCGCCUCGCGUUCUGCUUCGGGCUCCGCAUCCACCGGCGCCGCCUCUGGCACACCGGCAGCAUCAGGAUCUUCAAAGCCCUCAGGCUCCGCCACAGCCGCUGCUUCUGGCACUGCUAGCGCCAAGGCUAGCUCCACGGGUGCUGCGGAUGCGCUUAUUGCUAGCCAGGGAUACGGCAUCGUCGCUGCUGCCUUUGGUGUCGUUGCCUGGUUCUUGUAGGGGGGUGUUAGGAAGAGAGCAGGAGAGGGAGAAGGAAGGAAAGGGAGGUGGGAAUUAAGAAUAGUUCUGUAAGCUAACAGAUGGUAUGGGCCAUUGGCCCUGUCUGGAUGUUAUUAGUUUAGUCAGGGGAUUUAUGAUAUC